AUAUAGGCAAAUAGCUCUUUCAUCACAUUGAGAGAGAAGUGGUGUGAGUUGGAACCAGUUGUCAGUGAGUGAUGCAACGUCCACCGCCUAUACCUAUUUUAAAUCGUAAUUCUCUUGGACAUCGUACUGGUGGAAAUAUACUGAAUUCUGUGACACCAUGUAAAGAAUAUCACACUCAUGAUAUAAAUGGAAAAUUAAAAUAUUGUAUUGAAGUUGAUUUACAAGGUUAUCCUCAAGAAAGUAUCCAGAUUGUUCGACAAUCACAAGAUGUUAUUAUCAGUUUAAAUUAUGAAGAGAUCAAGCCAACUGGUGAAAAGUAUAAACAAGAAUUUAAACGUGAAAUUCAAUUUCCUCAAUCUGCUGAUCUUGACACCUUGAAAUGCACACUAAUCAAUAAAAACACUUUACUCUUAGAUGCUGAUGUACAUAAACGUGAUAAUUCAAUAUUAAAAACCGCACAAAUAAGUCCAGUUACAAAACGUCAUAUUAACUGGGAAUUAUCGAAUUCAUCAUCACAUCGUAAUUCUGUCUCCGAGUCACCAAGACUACGUACUUCAUUUUUAAAUGAAACACGAGAACGACAUCCUUCAAUUUCAAGUUUACAAACUUCUGAUAUUCAUAAAUCAUUUCGUGUGAAAGAAAAUAAUUCCCUCCUCAUGAAUCGUAAUUCUCGUCAUCCACCUCAACGUUCACCUACUCAUUACACGGCUAAUUCAUUUUCAAGACAUGAAUCGAUAAGAGUUCCAGUACGUGUGGACAUUAAUCAACAUAGUGGUCAACCAAGUCCAGCUAGUGUACAACCUAUUCGUGUAGAAGUAUUAAAUCAUUCACCAUAUUCAAAACAGUAUAAUAGACAUUAUCAAGUGCCAAUACACUCCCAACAGUAUAAUCAUAAUAAUAAUAUUAAUAAUAAUAACAAUCAUAAUAAUAAUAAUCAUAAUUAUUACCAUCAUCAAAGUGAAUACAAGAAGUUGAAUACAUCAACCUUUUCAACAGCUCAACGUCCAUUACACAUUCAUCCAGUCAGUAAUAUUUCUUCCGAUGAGAAUACACCAACAAUGAUCAAUAGUUCUUCUACACAUCAAUAUCAUCAACAAAGUACUACUAAUGGGAAGACAGGUAAUUCUGCUUAUAUCAAUGCAACAUUACAUCCUAUCAGUCAUACUGUGAACACUAAUAACACUAAUAUUAAUGCUACUACUAAUAAUAAUAGCGCUGCUAUAUCUAAGUCUACAAAAUUCUAUACACAAAAUAUGAAAGUUGGUAAAGAUGUAAAACCGGAAGAUUUAAAUAUCCAUCUAAAAAAUGGUGUUUUAACUAUUAUGAUAAGACAAAAAGGUAAAAAUAUUGAAAAUUAUAAACAAACAAAAAUUGCUAGAGAAUUUCUCCAUGAGCAUACAAUACCAAUAAAUGUGGAUCAAAAUAAAUUAAUUGCUAAAUUAGAUAAUGGGAUAUUAACAUGGGAAGCACCGUAUACUACAGUUGAACAAAUCGAUAUCAUGGAUAAUUUAAAUUCAAAUAUUAAAUGUAAAAAAUAUCCUAUACCAAUUAAUCGAUGAUCAAUCAAUCAACCGAUCAAUAAAUAAAUAGAGAGAUUGAAUUAUUUUGAGUUUUUACUAUUUUAUCUUAUAUUGUGAAUAAAAGAAAGUAUACAUAAAUAUACACAUAUGUAUGUACCAUAAGCCAAUAACACUGUUGGCAUUUCUAUACAUCAUAGACAACAUUUUAUAAACUUGCUUUUGUAUAUUCACCUUCAUGUGAAUCUCCUCCGCCUCGUCCUCCUUCUCCUCCUCUGUUCAAAAGAGUAUGUAUGAACAUUGAUUAGAGAAAACAAAAAUAGAGAAAAAUUUUUUAAAAAUUCAUUCAGAUUUUUAUUGAUACUUGCAUGAUCUAUUUCGAGACAUAAUCUGUUGUGACAGGUAGCUUUAGACAGAAAACUAUUUCCCAUAUUAUAUAUGUAUUUAUAUAUAAAUUGUGUAAAUCAAUAUAUAUAUAUAUAUAUAUAUACUCAUGUACUAAUCGAUAUUUCACAUA